GCUGGCCUAUUGGAAGAGAGCCGGCUGGGCAGAUUGGGCCUGGGAGCCCUGAUUGUGGGCAGAUGCAACGAGGGCCUGGGUGGACCGAGAGAGGAGCGUUCAACGGUCCCCAGCCCCCGGGGCCAAGGCUUCAGUUGUGAACAACAAAGGCUGUGUUAUUGAUAGGACCCUCUGUAGCGCCUCGGGUCCUGGGGUGGUGAGGAUAGCUUGGUAAAACUUCCACAGAUGUUGGCCGGAGGUUGGCAUCGAGGUGGAGGGCUGAGCAUUUAGGAAGCUGGAUUCUUGUUCCAAUUGAAUACAAAGUAUAAGGAAACAAAGUCCAGUUUAAGGUCUUAUUGCAGAGCAAAAUGGGAGAUGCUGAAGCAGGCAAGAAGAUCUUUGUUCAGAAAUGUGCUCAGUGCCACACGGUGGAAAAAGGCGGGAAACACAAGACAGGUCCAAAUCUCUGGGGCCUCUUUGGUCGAAAGACAGGACAAGCACCAGGAUUUUCUUACACGGAUGCAAACAAGAACAAAGGUGUUAUCUGGUCAGAAGAAACUUUGAUGGAAUAUUUGGAGAACCCGAAGAAAUAUAUCCCUGGCACUAAAAUGAUCUUUGCUGGUAUCAAAAAGAAGAGUGAGAGAGAAGAUCUCAUUAAGUAUUUAAAACAGGCCACAUCCUCAUGAAGUGAAGUAGUAUUUCAGCUUCAAAAUAUUCGCUACCAGUUUCAAAUAUUGUGUUUAAUAAGAAGCAUAUCUGAUCUUUUUGAUCAGCCUGAAGUAAUUUAAACUUGUUAAAAUAAAGGUUGAUAUUUUUGAUUGUUUAAAGUCCA